CAUUUACAUCGUCACAUGGACACAGACACAGGCAUGCACAACAACCAGCACAACAACCACCUCCACAACCAGCACAACAACCAACAGUUCAAAACCCUGCACAACAACCACCUCCACAACCAGCACAGCAACCACAAACAGAGCAAGGACAUAAAAGAAGUAGAGAACAAGGAAACCAAGAAUUCUUAA